CAAUAGUUCACAAGGACAAUCCCUUAUAGUUUUAUGCAAACUGCGCGCUUGAUGAAAAUUCCGAAGAGCAAAGAGAGUGCACCACGUAAUCGAAACACUCACCUGGUGGCAGAAACUGCUACAGAAACCCUAACCAGAACCCAGAGCUUGAGCCAUGGCCACCAUCGAACUCGCGCCACCGCCACCCCACCGCAAGCCUCCCGCCCCUGGCAAGGGCGGCGUUAUAAGCCGGGGCCUCACUGACGAGGAGGCCCGGGUGCGGGCCAUCGCCGAGAUCGUGGGCGCCAUGGUCGACGCCAGCCGGCAGGGCCUCGAUGUCGAUCUCAAUGCCCUCAAGGCCACUGCAUGCCGGCGCUAUGGCCUUUCUCGAGCCCCCAAACUGGUGGAGAUGAUUGCUGCUUUGCCGGAAUCAGAGAGGGACAAUGUUCUGCCGAAGCUGCGGGCAAAGCCGGUGAGGACGGCAUCCGGGAUUGCCGUGGUGGCGGUCAUGUCGAAGCCGCACAGGUGCCCUCAUAUCGCAACCACUGGGAAUAUUUGUGUGUACUGUCCUGGAGGGCCGGACUCGGAUUUUGAGUACAGUACACAGUCGUAUACUGGGUAUGAGCCGACGAGUAUGAGGGCAAUUAGGGCAAGAUACAAUCCAUAUGUUCAGGCUAGGAGCCGAAUAGAUCAGCUUAAGAGACUGGGGCACAAUGUUGACAAGGUCGAAUUUAUAUUGAUGGGAGGCACUUUUAUGUCACUGCCGGCUGAUUAUCGGGAUUAUUUUAUUCGGAAUCUCCAUGAUGCUCUAUCAGGGCACACCUCAAGCAAUGUGGAGGAGGCGGUAUGCUAUUCAGAGCAUAGUACAACAAAAUGCAUAGGAAUGACUAUUGAAACGCGUCCUGACUAUUGUCUUGGACCUCAUUUGCGCCAAAUGCUAUCGUAUGGUUGUACGCGACUUGAGAUUGGAGUUCAAAGCACAUACGAGGAUGUCGCUCGAGACACAAAUCGUGGGCACACUGUUGCAGCAGUAGCAGAUUGCUUUUGCUUGGCCAAGGAUGCUGGUUUUAAGGUUGUUGCGCACAUGAUGCCUGAUCUACCUAAUGUUGGUGUUGAGAGAGAUCUGGAAAGUUUUCGGGAGUUCUUUGAAAGCCCCUCAUUUAGGGCUGAUGGUCUUAAAAUCUAUCCCACACUAGUAAUUCGUGGAACUGGGCUUUAUGAGCUUUGGAAAACUGGCAGGUACCGAAACUAUCCUCCGGAACUACUUGUGGACAUAAUUGCAAGGCUCUUAGCCAUGGUACCUCCAUGGACACGUGUGUAUCGAGUUCAAAGGGAUAUCCCUAUGCCUCUUGUUACUUCUGGAGUCGAGAAAGGAAAUCUUCGUGAGUUGGCUUUGGCUCGAAUGGAUGACUUGGGCUUGAAGUGUCGUGAUGUUAGGACACGUGAAGCUGGAAUACAGGAUAUUCACCAUAAAAUAAAGCCUGAAGAAGUGGAGCUUGUGCGCCGUGAUUAUGCUGCUAAUGAGGGUUGGGAGACUUUUCUCUCCUAUGAAGAUACACGGCAGGACAUUCUAGUUGGUCUAUUACGGUUGCGUAAGUGUGGUCCAAAUACAACAUGCCCAGAACUGAUGGGAAGAUGCUCAAUUGUUCGUGAACUUCACGUGUAUGGAACUGCAGUUCCUGUGCAUGGGCGUGAUGCUGACAAACUGCAGCACCAGGGCUAUGGGACACUCCUUAUGGAAGAAGCAGAAAGGAUUGCUCACAGGGAGCAUAGGUCCACAAAGAUUGCUGUCAUAUCAGGCGUUGGUACAAGAAAUUAUUACAGGAAACUGGGCUAUGAGCUUGAAGGUCCUUACGUGGUCAAAUAUCUUGUCUCAAAUAAAAGAACCUAGACAUGUGAUCUUAAAGUUCAUAGGAGAAAUUCCUCCUUUCUUUGUGUUUCUUUAAUCCCUGCAAGGGGGUGUGGGUACACCAGGGGGGGGUGGGUACACCAGAUGGGUGCAGCGUCGCUGAAAUUAUUGGACUUGGGCUCACCCCAUUUUCACUAUGCUUCGGAUUCUAGGUCCUCCCAAUUUCUAGUAGAAUUUGGUUCAGCCAAGUCUAGUAGAGUUUUGUAGAAAAUCAGUGGAUGGGUAUGUACAGGUUCAAUUAAACAGUUUUGUUUAUGUUUUCAGGCUACACAUGCAGGGAUGUGUACAGGUAGCCACCUAUCUUUUAGUAAGGAGGAAAUUGCAAUAAGCGAGAUAAAAUUUGUGACUUAGAUUUGCAAUGAUUAUUGCUACAAUUAAUCUAUCUUUUACUGACAUUGGGACCUCUGUGUAUACAUUAAGACCUCUCUACUUGUCCUAAUAUCAUUUGAGGUCAAAUGAUAAUUUGUAUUCCCAAUCUUUCAUGUCAAUAUCUAGAGUUCCAUCUCUUGGGGUGGC